AUGAUAGAAAGUGACAUCUCAUCCACAAUGUCAGGAAUUAUUCAAAACGCAGGGCAAAAUCACCACCGGUCCCCACAGGAUCACAGCCUCGUGCCGCCCACCAGUGACGAUGACCUCCCUGGGGACCUGCAGUCAUUGUCGUGGCUCACAGCCGUGGAUGUGCCUCGGCUGCAGCAGCUGGCGAAUGGCCGCAUAGACGUGGGCAGACCCAGUGUACCACAUCCACACCCAGGUGCCUUGGCUAGGGCAGCUGACUUGCGUGUGGGAACCAGCCCAGGUCCCCUGCUCCACGGGCCUGCUGGCAUGGCCCCCCGAGGCAUGCUGGGCCUAGGCCCUGUGACCAGCCAUGGAGCCAGUAUGCGCCAGUUCCCAGUGGGGGGCCAGCCAUCCUCCAGCCUGCAGAGCACGCCACCACUGUACGCACCUGCCACACAGCUCCAGUUCCCGCUUCCUCCAGGGGCGCAGCAGUGCCCACCCAUGGGCCUCUAUGGCUCCCCUUUUGGGGCACGGUCUCCUUAUCCCCAGGCCCACGUGCCAGUGCACCCAUCUCAGGAGCCGCACCCCAAACACUACCCCAAGCCCAUAUACUCCUACAGCUGUCUGAUCGCCAUGGCUCUGAAGAACAGCAAGACAGGCAGCCUGCCCGUGAGUGAGAUCUACAGCUUCAUGAGGGAGCAUUUCCCCUACUUCAAGACGGCCCCCGAUGGCUGGAAGAACUCGGUCCGGCACAACCUCUCCCUGAACAAGUGCUUCGAGAAGGUGGAGAACAAGAUGAGCGGCUCCUCGCGCAAGGGCUGCCUGUGGGCCCUGAACCUGGCGCGCAUUGACAAGAUGGAGGAGGAGAUGCACAAGUGGAAGAGGAAGGACCUCGCCGCCAUCCACCGGAGCAUGGCCAACCCUGAGGAGCUGGACAAACUCAUCUCGGACCGGCCAGAAAGCUGCCGGCGUCCUGGCAAGGCAGGGGAGCCUGACGCCCCUGGGCUCACUCACGCCACCACAGUGGCCACAGCCCACAGCUGCCUGGCUGUCUCCCAGCUCCCCCCACAGCCACUGAUGACCCUGUCCUUGCAGUCGGUCCCCUUGCACCACCAGGUCCAGCCACAGACACACCUGGCCCCAGACUCCCGCCCGGCCCAGACCCCACCUCUUCAUGCCCUGCCGGCCCUGAGUCCCGGGCCCCUUCCCCAGCCUGCCAUGGGCAGGGCUCCUGGGGACUUCCUCAACAUCAGCACUGACAUGAACACCGAGGUGGACGCCCUGGACCCCAGCAUCAUGGACUUCGCUCUGCAGGGGAGCCUCUGGGAAGAGAUGGAGGAUGAGGGCUUCAGCCUGGACACUCUGGGGGCCUUUGGAGACUCCCCACUCGACUGUGAUCUGGGAACCGCAGGCCUGACCCCCGUCUCUGGUGGCAGUGACCGGUCCUUCUCAGAUGUGCAGGUGACAGGUCUCUAUGCUGCAUAUUCCACCCCAGCUAGUGUGGCCCCAUCAGCGGCCUCCUCCUCCCCUCAGUACCUAAGUACCCCAGGGAACAAGCCCAUAGCCCUGCUUUGAACUCAUG